UUCUGCAUUAGACAGUCGAGUGUAGUGUGCCAAGUGAUGUGCAUGUGCCAGUGAUCACGAUGUUUCACCGCGAUCAUAGUGACGAGGAUUUCGAUUUCGACGACUUUAAAAACCACAAAUUCGACGACUUCCACAAGUGCUGAGUGAGGAGGUCUCGGUGACAUUAGGAGUCGUCGUUCCUGGGCAUGGGUCUGAUGUCGAUCCUGUACAUCCUCAUCGGGAUCGCGGUGGCGGCCGCGCUGCUGGCGUGCUGCUGCCGCCGCCGCCGCGCGCGCGGGACCGUGCUCACAGCGGCGGUGGUCCCUCCCCCGCCCCCCGGCCCGGGCUCCACCCCCGCGCCCGCGCCCGCGCCCUACCCCCAGCAGCAGUACGCCUCGCCAGCGCCAGCCCCGUACCCGCCUCAAGACACCGUCUACAACAUGACCCCCGCCCCCUACCCCGCGGGCUACCCCGCCGGGGCCGCUUACCCCGCGGGGGGUAGUUACCCCACAGGUGGUUACCCCUACGCGGCGCCUUACCCCACUGCGGCCCCGUACCCCGCCGGCCCCACCGCGCCUGAUGUUAAUGCGCUGCCGCCCACAUACGACCAGGCGGUCUGUAACGAGGCAUACGCGAAGCACCCGCCCUACAACCCCAGCGCGCCGCAGUAGGACCACGGACCACCCGUUGGACCACGGACCAGCAGAUGGACCACGGACCACCGGUUGGACCAUGUCUCAUUAGUUGGGCCGUGGACUAGUAAAUAAACAAUUAACCUAUCUGUCUAGUGUGACCAUGGUCCAUCAGUUCGACCAUGGACCAUGGACCACCAGUGGAUCCCGUCUGACCACUGGUUCUUCGGUGGCAUUAGGCCUGUUACUUGUCUAAGGGCCUAACAUGGCUCCCUCGACUGGUGGACAUUAGCUCAUGAUAUUCACCAUCACUACUCGAGAAUAACAAGGUAUUUCAUCAUCAAUAUUGUGAUUCUGUUUAACAUUAUACGAAUACAUUAGUAAGUAUAUAUCGAGUAAAUAGGGCCUUUAUUCUAGAUGUGUUCGUGGUGAAAUAAUGGGGUAUGUACUUCCAACAAUACGAGAAAUACUAUUUAAUCUAGUCGCAGUCUCCACUCUAGAACUAUAGACCAUGAGGUGUGUGCAGGUACAUAACUGAACUGUGAAACGAGAUUAUUUUUGCGAUGUAUGUAAUAUAAUAUAUCUUAGGUACAUUUUGUGAGAUAAUACAAUAUGAGAUAAAUAAAUGUUCAAAUACAGAUUAUAGGAUUAUGUAAAUACGCGUAGUUGUAGAUACUCCCUGUAUUAUACAUACCUUUGCAGUUAUAUCUAGAACAUUUUUAUAUAAAUGUCUAUGUUUAAAUACUAGAUACCUCUCGAAAUAGAUACUUUUAUUAUUCGAAUAUCCGAAUCGAUUUCCCUUGUAUACUGAUUACAAUUUUUGUGUUAAGUAUAGUCGAUAAACAAUGGCAUAGCAUUGGCCUUUUCAUAUUCACUAUCUAUACGCUAAAUAGCACCCUGUAUAAUUGUAUAUACUGUCGCUAUUCCACGUUUAUUAGCACUUGAGAUUGUCUACAACUCUACAGGGUCGACAAAUAACCGAAUUAUUUUUUUACACUAUAGAUCUUAUGUCAAAUGUUUAUUUAUUUAGGAGCUGUUAAUUUAAGUUAUUAAUUAUAUUUUUUAUAAUUAGAAUAAGUUAUAAUUUAAGUAGGUAUCUUUAAAAAAGUUUAGUGCGGAACUAGAUCGCCAAUAUUUUUUUAUUCACAAAAUAAAGUUAUUUUCGUUUUGUUAGUUUUGAUUUUUUUUAAAGAAAUGGAAAGGAGUUUGUAGGUGAAAUUCAUAAAUAUGUAUUUUGUAAUCUUAUUAAACUACUAGAGUAAGUAUACUUUUCGAUUAUGAAAAGCUUAUUCUCAGAAAUAUGUGCAACUAAUAGAUUAUCUUGUAAGAAAGCAAAAUUUCACUAUAUCUUUUAUAUAAUUUAAUGAAUUGACUAAAUGUGAUAUAAACGUUAUUGUAAGCGUGCUAAUAUGGUAUACUUACUUAUACUUUCCCUAAUCCUUCGUACGUAUAAACAAAUUGUUGCUCAUAUUUUCUUCCAUUGUUAAUAGCGCGAGAAUCAUUCCAAUUAAGUUUGGUCACAAAAUAUACUAAGUAUCAAGUAAUAUUGCGUAUAAAGUGGUCCAAGAGAUGAAAGACGUGAUGACUUAUAGAUUUAAAAUGUAAUUUUCCUCACACACUAGUCUCACGGGUCUCUUGUCUAUCGGGCAACUUCAUACGUCAUAGGUACAUAGGUUAAUCAGCAAGCCAUAUUUAAGAACAUGUUAUAAUCGGUAUAAAUCGUACUCGUCUUAUUCAAUAAAUGUGAAUGUCAGUAGCAAUGUACAUGAAAAUGUGUAUAAACUUAAAGCAUGCUAUUUUUUAAUUAAUUUUGGUUUGUUUCGAAUCGAAAUGGUCUGAUUUCCCGCUAGAGAGUAGUAGAGAUUAAUAGAUUAAAAAUAAUGAAAACUCAAAUAUAGAGGCUCAAAUUGAACUAUUGUGAUUCAAUCGGUCAACACCCUGUGACAUUGUGAUACGUCCUAAUUCGCAAUGAGUUAUUUCCUCAAUAUGUCAUAUGUAAUUACUCUCAUAAAGAAAGUUAAACAUAACCUAUGAUCUUUGUGUCCAAAUAUUCUUCUCUUCAAAUAGGUUCAGAUAACAGGAAGUUAUCUGAACCGAUUUAUACCUGUUAUUGAUGUCUGUAGUAAAUUGUACACAAACGAAUAAUAAAAUUUGAAUUCCAUAUAAUUUUGUACCAAAUUUGAAAAAUAAAUGUUGUUAUUCCUGGA